AUGGCUCAGUGUAAGCUAACCCCACGAGAAUUUAUCAGCAAUGCUUUUUCGCCACAAGUUGCUGCAGUUUGCUCUGCAUCUGCCGAAGCUACUUGUCAAAAGAACAAUUUAUCUUUCAUUGAACUCCUUCAGCCUUUCUGCAAACUCAACACUGAAGGACACAUCAAGGAUCCUCAAGGAGUUUCUGUAGUCGUACGUAAUCUUCGUAUAUCAGUUCAGGAUGUAAAUGUACGUCCACCACAGCCUACUUUGGCUAGAAAGAUGCUAAAUGAAUCUGUUAGUUCUGUAUUAUGCGAUCGUACUACUGUAGUUCGAAUAGGAACGACUGAUCUGAAUAUUCCAGUAUCUGUUCCUUGGUUCGAAGCUUGGAGAGAAAUGUUUCUUAGUGUUCAAUUUCCAUCCGAUCAUGAAUUCACCAAGCAUUUUCUAGCUUGUAUGAUUGUUGUAUCAACAGCGGAUGAUAAUCCGUUGGAAAAAAUACAGCAUAUGGGUGCGCAGUUGCAUCAGAGUGUGCCUGGAAAGUUGCCCAAGUGGUUCAACAAUAAUGCUCUCAGAUAUUAUAUCCUUAUACAUGAUGCAGGCCAGGAUGAUAGAAAUAAGGCUGAAACUGUCUUUAAUGAAAUGAAAAAUAUCUAUGGUUUGAACAACUGUUUCUUAUUACAAAUGAACUCACGACCUCCAGGGCCAUCUGACGAUAGUACACACUUACCCGAUCCAUGGAGUCAAUUUUUAAUUAAGCACUCAGAUAUCUCCGGUAGUAGUGAACAAAGUAGUUCACCCCGUACGCCAGCUGACACCAGUGGUGUUUCUGCUAUGCCGAAUGAACUCACAACUGAUCAAUCUAGUCAAGCUGGCACUCCCGUAGCACCUCAUAAUCCAGUCUUGGUAUCACCGGAUCAGGCAGAUACUAUAAGCCUGUCAUCUGAAGUAUCAGAGUCGCCUGGAGUUCACUUGGAAGUAGGACAGGAAGCAGUUCCAGUGACGAUACAUCCACUCAGUCCAGAAGGCGAGAAGUCGUACAGCAUAAACACCAUAAUGAGUUUCAAAAGUCAAUCAGAAAAUCGAUCACCGAUCAAUGCUAAUGUCUGGGCAGAUUCACCGAAUCGCCCUGCUGCUCAACACGGGUCAUGGCUCUCGGUUCAAGACUUAGAACGAUUACGAAUUCUUACAACGGAGUUUUGCCUAAAAAGUUUGUUGCCUUACGUCGAGAAGCAGAUUGGUCUUUUGAACGAUGUCAUUUCAAAUAAAAAGGGCAUGAGUCGCUCUCUCUUCAGUGCCACUAAGAGAUGGUUCGGUACGAAUAAACCAGGAACACCCGGGUCGGCGCCGACUAACGCAGUAAUUUACACAACAGAAUCGCCUGAGUUGCAACUUCGACGUUUGGGUGACUUGUGUUUCAUGUUUGGCCAUUAUUCGUUGGCUUAUCAAGCGUAUCACAGUGCGAAACGUGAUUUCGCUGCGGAUCAGGCUUGGCUAUAUUAUGCUGGUGCUUUAGAAAUGGCUGCCCUGAGUGCAUUUAUGCAAGGCGAAAUGACACGAAAAACUAUAGAGUAUAUGGACGAUGCGAUUUUAACUUAUUCGAAUAGCUGCAAACUGCCACAAUUUGCUACCAGGGCAACUUUGUUCAGUGCUGAAUGUUUAAAAGGUCGUGGACUCUAUGGUGAAGCUGCCAAACAAUUAAUUCGUAUGACUAGCGAGGAUUCAGAUUUACGUUCUGCACUUUUACUUGAACAAGCAGCUUAUUGCUUUAUUGUUCCGAAGAUGAUGCGUAAGUACGCAUUUCAUGCUGUACUGGCUGGUCACAGAUUCUCUAAAGCUGGACAGAGAAAACAUUCUUUAAGAUGUUAUCAACAAGCUUAUCAGGUCUAUGAUGGCAGAGGCUGGUCCUUGGCAGAAGAUCAUAUUCAUUUCACAAUAGGUAGGCAAGCAGCAUCAUUGAAGCAGGUUUACGAGGCUGUUAAGGCAUUUGAGAAAUUGUUAAGCGCCUCCAGUAAACAGCCUGCGGCACAACAAGCUGCUUUCCUUCGAGAAUUCUUGCACAUUCACAACUUGUUGUCUCAGGAAGAAACCAUGGAUCGGAGCGUGCUUCCUAUUUUGCCACUUCCGCUUAUAGACGGCAAUCAAAUCAAAGUAUUGUUUGGUCCUUCGGUCAACGUGUCUGAGAAUACAAUAACAGCGAGUCAUUUGUCAUUCGAAAAUCCAGACACUGAUGAUGCCAAAUGGGCCAGACUCGAAGAAAUCUUAUUAACCGAAGCACAAGGUUCGGUUCCUAUGAUAUUUAAGCCCACCACUUCUCUCUAUUCAAAUAGAACCAACAAUAGUAUCAAGCCGAAUGCAAUACUUGAGGAGCCAGUUCACUUCUACAUCGAAUUGCAUAAUCCCUUGCGUAUACCAUUGCCAUUAUCCAAUGUAAAAUUAUUAUGGUCAUUUACGAGCAAUGACGAAGAAAUCGUCACUAAUGAAAAUGAAAUGGAUGACAGUAUGAAGUCAUUUCCUGUUGACACACAAACCAUUGAAGCUAUUGUCUUGCAGCCUGACUGCAGACAAUUUGUUGUAUUAUCUUUGAAGCCUAAACAGAUUGGUGACAUUAAAGUGAUAGGAUUGAGUUACACCUUAUCAAAUCCUACGAGUACGGUGGCUGAUCAACUUGUUGUUAAUCCUUCUGUUAGUAUAUCUGGAAAAAGAUUGUUCGAUAUAAAAGGUCCCAAGUUAAAAAAUAUUAAGGAAAAACCUGGAGUGAAACUGUACGGUGAAGAUUAUAGGCUGUAUAUGAGAGUCGUGGAGAAGGCGCCUUUUAUGCAGGUAUCUUUUAGUAAAUUGUCUCCAGAAAUGUUAUGCGGUGAGAUGCAGAGGGUUGAAGUGACUUUAAAGAAUAUUGGCCACGCACCCUUAACAAAUCUGUAUAUUGGUACUUCUAAUGCAAAACUCUUUUCAUUGGAAAAUCAGUUAGUCAAUACGGAUAAUGUACAAACAGGAAAGAGCCGACGUCUUAUUACAAAAAUACGAUUACCCCCGUCAACUGGGGGAAUCUUGAAUGUCGAAGAGACACACAAAAUGCCGUUAUGGAUACGUGCUCCUCACGAAAAGGGAACUCAUCGUCUGGAUUUACUUUUCUAUUAUGAAAAUCCCGAGGCGAAUAGUAUACCAAAAUAUAGAUUGAGUCGUCAGACGUGGCAGCUGACAGUCUUAGAUUCUAUACAGAUAAAUGCAAUUGCUCAUAGAAGUGCUGUCAAUCUGGAGAAUUCCACAACGUUAAAUAUGACAAUUCGUGUAAAAAAUACAAAUCAAGUUCGCGAUCCUUUUAUUAAUGAAAUUGCCUUGACUAAAGUAUCGCUGAAAAGUGAUUCUUGGUACUUAUGUAAUUCCAUGUUAGCACCAUCAGACGUGAAGAUGCAGCCUCAGGAAUCUGCUCAUCUGUUGCUCAAAGUUCGCAGAAGAACAAAAGAUGAAUCUAUUUAUUCAGACGUGGAUUUAAUUAAGGUGGAUAAAGAUAUAGAGUCCGUAACCGAUUCGCCAUACAUUGACUUUGUACAGCGACGGCUAAUUACGCCAUUGGAUUUGAAUGAGAAUUCAAAUGAGUCUCAGCAGCAACAGCUACAACAGGCCAAUGCAGAUAACAAUUCUCUUUCUGGUACUAUGAAAAUUGAUGCUGUCUUAAUUCUCAGAUGGAGAGCUAGAGUCACGGAAGGUUCUACACGUCAGGCCAUAGGUCAACAUCAUAUAGAUUUGGAAUUUCUUAAUAAAUUGUACAAACAUCCUGAAGUGUCACAAACCGAGCAAAACAAGUACGAUGGAAACUUGAAAAUUUUUGGACCUGAUAGGAAUGUUGCUGAUUCGACAAGUAUUGUCAGAAAGAAUCAAUACUCGGAGCUUACAUGCAAACAAAAUGUUGUUACGUUUAAUCUGAAUCAUGUAAGACACGCUGCACAUAAUUUUGCAAGGAAUCGCCUGUGCAUAGUCCCGGUUUUAGUAAAUAUGCAAAAUCAUUCACAAUCGGCCAUUGAGAUCAAAGUGAAUACUAUAGGAACUAGCAGCAAUACUCAAUUACCAAAUAUAAAGUCUCAAUUAUAUCCACGACAAGCUUCCUCAUUCUUCAGGUACAUUAGUCACACGGCAAUAAUUUGCCAAUUAGAUCCGUACGGAUCAAUCGCAGUAAAACUACAGGCUGUACUUGCAUCUCCUGGUACUUACGAUUUAGCAUCCAGGGUAGACGUGUCAGUAAGAGUUGCAAGUAGCAAUGAGUUUGUCCCUCAGAAAUGGCUAAUGGAGAGUGUAUGUAUUGUCAGUGAUGAUAGCCUAUAGAAUAAAAAUAUUACAAACUUUAGGAA